CGAGAGUGGCGCGGGACUGCCGGGCGGGCGUGGAGCUGUCUGCACGGUAAUUGCCGCGUCCCCGCGUCUCGGUGUUUCUAGAUCUCGACCCCCUGAGUGGCGGGCUAGAGGCCCGAGCCUGGAAAGGGCACAGGCGUUCUGAAACAAAGCUUUGGACCACUCGAUCCCGGGUAGGCAGACGAGGGGCCACCGGAGAAGUGAACUCCGCGGACUAAGAUUCCAGAUGGCAAAUUCUAUGAAUGGCAGAAAUCCUGGUGGUCGAGGAGGAAACCCCCGCAAAGGUCGCAUUUUGGGGAUUAUUGAUGCUAUUCAGGAUGCAGUCGGACCCCCCAAGCAAGCUGCAGCUGACCGCAGGACUGUGGAGAAGACUUGGAAACUCAUGGACAAAGUGGUGAGACUGUGCCAAAACCCCAAGCUUCAGUUGAAGAACAGCCCACCGUAUAUACUUGAUAUUUUACCUGAUACGUAUCAGCACUUGCGACUUAUACUGAGUAAAUAUGAUGACAACCAGAAGCUGGCUCAGCUGAGCGAGAAUGAGUACUUUAAAAUCUACAUUGAUAGUCUCAUGAAGAAGUCGAAGCGAGCCAUUCGGCUCUUUAAAGAAGGCAAGGAAAGGAUGUACGAAGAGCAAUCUCAGGACAGACGGAAUCUCACAAAGCUGUCCCUUAUCUUCAGUCACAUGCUGGCAGAAAUCAAGGCGAUCUUUCCCAAUGGCCAAUUCCAGGGAGAUAACUUCCGGAUCACCAAAGCAGACGCUGCCGAGUUCUGGAGGAAGUUUUUUGGGGACAAAACUAUUGUACCAUGGAAAGUCUUCAGACAGUGCCUGCAUGAGGUCCAUCAGAUCAGCUCGGGCCUGGAAGCAAUGGCUCUGAAGUCAACCAUUGAUUUAACUUGCAAUGAUUACAUCUCAGUGUUUGAAUUUGAUAUUUUUACCAGGCUAUUUCAGCCCUGGGGCUCUAUUUUACGGAAUUGGAACUUCUUAGCUGUGACUCACCCUGGGUACAUGGCGUUUCUCACGUAUGAUGAAGUUAAAGCUCGACUACAGAAAUACAGCACCAAGCCUGGAAGCUACAUUUUCCGGUUAAGCUGCACUCGGCUGGGACAAUGGGCCAUUGGUUAUGUGACUGGGGACGGCAAUAUCCUACAGACCAUACCUCAUAACAAGCCGCUUUUCCAAGCCCUGAUUGAUGGUAGCAGGGAAGGCUUUUAUCUUUAUCCUGAUGGGCGAAGCUAUAACCCUGAUUUAACCGGAUUAUGUGAACCUACACCUCAUGAUCAUAUAAAAGUUACACAGGAACAGUAUGAACUGUAUUGUGAAAUGGGCUCCACUUUUCAGCUCUGCAAAAUCUGUGCAGAGAAUGACAAAGAUGUCAAGAUUGAGCCUUGUGGGCAUCUGAUGUGCACUUCGUGCCUUACCGCGUGGCAGGAGUCUGAUGGCCAAGGCUGCCCCUUCUGUCGCUGUGAGAUAAAAGGAACCGAGCCCAUCAUCGUGGACCCCUUCGACCCCAGAGACGAAGGCUCCAGGUGCUGCAGCAUCAUCGACCCUUUCAGCAUCCCCAUGCUUGACUUGGAUGAUGACGAUGAUCGAGAGGAGGCUUUGAUGAUGAACAGGCUGGCGAGUGUUCGAAAGUGCACAGACAGGCAGAACUCACCAGUCACAUCGCCAGGAUCCUCACCCCUUGCCCAGAGAAGAAAGCCUCAGCCAGACCCUCUCCAGAUGCCCCACCUUAGCCUGCCACCAGUGCCUCCCCGCCUGGAUCUCAUUCAGAAAGGCAUCGUGCGGUCUCCGUGUGGCAGUCCCACAGGCUCACCAAAGUCUUCUCCAUGCAUGGUUAGAAAACAAGACAAACCACUCCCGGCACCGCCUCCUCCCCUGAGAGAUCCGCCCCCUCCACCAGAGAGGCCUCCCCCCAUCCCACCUGACAAUAGACUGAGCAGACACUUCCACCAUGGAGACGGUGUGCCUUCCCGGGACCAGCCAAUGCCUCUCGAAGCCUGGUGCCCUCGGGAUGCCUUCGGGACUAACCAGGUGAUGGGAUGUCGCAUCCUCGGGGAUGGCUCUCCAAAGCCUGGCCUCACCGCAAACUCCAACUUAAACGGAAGGCACAGUAGAAUGGGCUCUGAGCAGGUUCUUAUGAGGAAACACAGACGCCACGAUUUGCCUUCAGAAGGAGCCAAGGUCUUUUCCAAUGGACACCUUGCCACUGAAGAAUACGAUGUCCCUCCUCGGCUUUCCCCUCCGCCUCCAGUCACUACCCUUCUCCCAAGCAUAAAGUGUACUGGUCCAUUAGCAAAUUGUCUCUCAGAGAAAACUAGAGACACGGUAGAAGAAGAAGACGAUGAAUACAAGAUUCCUUCAUCCCAUCCCGUUUCCCUGACUUCACAACCAUCUCAUUGUCAUAAUGUCAAAGCUCCUGUUCGGUCUUGUGAUAAUGGUCACUGUAUAUUGAAUGGAACUCAUGGUACGCCUUCAGAAAUGAAGAAAUCGAACAUCCCAGAUUUAGGCAUCUACUUGAAGGGAGGUGUUUCUGACUCAGCCUCUGAUCCAGUACCAUUCCCACCCGCAAGGCCUCCACCCCGGGAGCACCCAAAGCAUGGUUCUUCAGUCAACAGGACGCCCUCUGAUUAUGAUCUCCUCAUCCCUCCAUUAGGUGAAGAUGCUUUCGAUGCUCCUCCCCCAUCCCUCCCUCCUCCCCCACCUCCUUCGAGACACAGUCUCAUUGAGCAUUCAAAACCUCCAGGCUCCAGUAGCAGGCCUUCCUCAGGGCAGGACCUUUUCCUUCUCCCUUCAGAUCCCUUUUUUGACCCAACAAGUGGCCAAGUUCCAUUGCCUCCUGCCAGGAGAGCACCAGGAGACAACGUCAAAGCCAACAGAGCCUCGCAGGACUAUGACCAGCUCCCUUCAUCUUCUGAUGGUUCGCAAGCACCAGCUAGACCCCCCAAACCACGACCCCGAAGGACUGCACCAGAAAUUCAUCACAGAAAGCCCCAUGGACCCGAAGCAGCGCUGGAAAAUGUCGAUGCAAAAAUUGCAAAACUCAUGGGAGAGGGGUAUGCCUUUGAAGAAGUGAAGAGAGCCUUAGAGAUUGCCCAGAAUAACGUGGAAGUGGCCAGGAGCAUACUCCGAGAAUUUGCCUUCCCUCCGCCCGUCUCCCCACGUCUGAAUCUAUAGCAGCCAGAACUGCACACACCAAAGGGCAGUUAACAACUAUUCCAGGAGUAUGGGACAGAAGGACGGAGAUGGAAUGCAGGAGCCACAGUGUCUUUCCGUGUGGCAUCCCCAGAAGGCAGCCUGGAGUCCAGCUUCCCUGGUUCCACCGCUCCCUUAGGUUGCCCACACUGCAGCUUCUGUGUUUGUGCUAGCCAUACUUUGAAAUCAGGGUUGAACUGAUAAAAUAAUUUAAAGACGUUUACUCCCCCUUGAACUUUGAAUCUGUGAAAUGCUUUUCCUUGUUUACACGUUGGCAGAAUUGCAGUUUGUCUCUGUUUCUUAUCCCUGUACUGUGUUCCUGACAGGCCCUUUGCAGAGUUGCUCAGGUCUGCUGAAAGAUUUUCCAUGCCUGCCCUGGUGCCCACAUCAGCGGCUAAACCAUCUCUUUGUGUUGCUCUGUAUCCGGGCCCCACCUCAUGUCCCCAGGUCCAGUUCCAUUUCUCCCAUUCACACGGCACGCUAGUCUGAAGGUCCUGAUUUUUUUCAGUGUUUCAAACUAAUGCAGAAAGAAAAAAGAAAAUGUGUGUGGUCUUGUCUUCACUACUGAGUCUUUUCUUUGGGAACCAUCACUGUUGAGAGGUGGGGGGAAACCUGAAUGUAAAAAAGCAUCUAUUUGUCAAUAAACUGCCUUUUGUACGGGGUUUUUAUAUACUAUAAAAGAGCUCCUCUUGUUAGUUUAAGUUCUGUGACCUUUAGGUGUCCGAACUCUCCCUGUCGCCCACCCAGGAGUGUCGUGAUGCUGUAAAAGUGACUGCUGCAGGCGCAGGGAAAACAAGCUUGCAGGAGACUGCUCGUACUACAGUACCAUAAUGAGAUGCCCUGAUAUUUAUGCCUGCAUCACUUUCAGGAGAGAUGGAAAGGGGGACCACCGCCUGGAAAUAUGUUAAUAUGCCUUUAGAUAAAGUCAUGGACAUACAUGCCUUUCCCAAGUGGAAUAGAGCUCAUUUUCUAUUUUAUGAUGUCACCCUGGCUCCUCACAGUGUGGGAGCCCCCUAAGGCACUGAUGACUGUUAUGUAUCACUGCACCUGCAGGCCUUGUAAGUUGCAAAACUCUUGGUACCCUUUCUCCACUCAUGUUAGGAGUCCUGUUUACUCUGUGGGUUUUGUCAUUGACUGCUCUGUGUUGCCCCCAUCCAGGCAGAGGAAACUGUGGUUACUUUUAAUCUACAGAUAUCUUUUGACCAUCUGUAAUGUGCUUCGCACUCUUGUUGGCUUUGAAAGCACAAACUCUCACAAUGGACUCCAUCAUAUUAUUUGUGUAAAUGCGUUUGGUGGUCAAUGUCUCCAGUCUGAUGGAUGAAGCUUCAAAGAUUGGUGUAAGGACUUUAGACCUCUGUGGCAAUUUCAGGUUUUUGGUUUGGUUUGGUUUGGUUUGGGUUUUUUGUUUGCUUGGGUUUUUUGUUGUUGUUGUUUUGUUUUGUUUUGUUUUGUUUUAAUUUUGCAUCCCUAAUAGUGGCAGGGGGUGGGAGAAUAAAACUAUCUCCAUGCAAAAAUGCUUGAACCACAUUUUGAUAGUUUCUAAACAUGGAUUUUGGUGGAGGCUUGGGUGGACGCUUCCUACCACUCGUUACUCCAUACCCAGUCUCACAUACAGAGAUGCCUCAGAUAACCACUCAAAGGACAAGAGAGUACAUCAGAAAGAUCUGAUGGAACUGCCAUUGUACAAGACUUCAUGGACAGAGCUGUGUUUGUCCAGGAAUGGGACCCAGCACAUUCUUUUACAGUUUGGCUUUCAUGGAAUGAGACAGGAUUUGAGGACUCGUAGUCUGCGUAUUUUAGGUUUGUUUGGAUGAUCCUAUGUUGCUUCUGCUACCAGAGGUGUAUUUUUUAGUGCUUUCUGAUCCUAUAUCUUGGAGAAGGUAUGAAUACAAGCUUUUUUUUAUACUUUCUACAAUUGGCUGUUGUUUUAUUAUCUGCUCUUACUUUUUGUACUUGUUUUAUAAGUUCUGAUGUCAUACUAAUAGAGUGCUGGGUAUGUUGGGCUUCACGUAGCUCGCCAACAAUCGGCUUGCCCCUUUGUUGUCCUUACACUGUUAAAACAUCCUUAAAGGAUGAGGGGGUAGGUUUACAACAGGAACACUGUGACCCGCAGCAUAUUCUCCUCCACUCACAAAUAGUACAAGAGAUUUUCCUCAAGAAAUUAAAAGCUAAGGAUGUGCUGACACAGUUUAUUGGAACCUGAAGUUUUGGCAAGGUAGGGAAGUGUAAAUAAUUUUCUGGAUUGUACCAGGAUCCCUACUACAUCCACUCAGUAGCCACUGUUGGUUUUCUCAUCAAGGAAAGUGAGUUUUAGGAGUCAUAUGUAAGACAAAGCAAAGAGAAAACAUGAAAACUCACAAAAUUUAUUUGAAAAAAAUUGUUGAAAUUAUUUUUCAUUAUGAAAGGGACUACUAGUUAAUACUUGCUAACUAACACAAUGUGCCACACUUUGUUCCCUCUGAUCCAGAAAUUGAGUUGCCCCCCCAUGCUCAAGAUUUGAUAAUAGAAUUACCCUUAAUCCAGUAUCUUAUAUAGUCUACACAAUUAAAACAAACCAUGGAUAAUUGUAACCCCUACCUGGGAUCCAUCUCCAAUGAUAACCCAGUCAUUGUUUUUCUAGAAUUGGGGAGUUAUUUUUUUUCCUUUUCCUUUUACCCUUCUCACCCCCUGCCCUGCACCCAACUUUUUUGUAUCUGAUAUAUAUCAUAGCCAAAUUUUGAUGCUUAACUUAUCCUGCUUCCACAAUUCCAGUUGUUAGCCCUUUCUCACGUUACCCCUGCCCACAGUACAACAGAGCUCUCACUACAACCUUCAGAGGUCUGUUUGCUAACUCAGUAUUUCACACACCCAGGACACAUGCAGAGCUCUUCAUAAUGUGAACUUCCUAAUUGUUCAGUUCCAGAAGCAUUUCCUGCAAUUUGAACCUGACUUUGCCUCUCGAAUUUUCAACUUGAAGCCUUAGUUUGCACUGAAUUAUCUCAUCUGGUUUUAAAAUGUCUCAAAUGGACUGAUUUGGAAGCAAAAUGUGGUAUAUUUUAAAUACUGAAGCAGGUACUUUCUGUAAGCCUGAAAUGUUGAGCUUCGAAGGAGACUUUCUGGAAAAAAAAGACAGCAAUAGAAAGUUUUCUUCUCAGUUCCUAUUUUUAUUGUUUUGAAAUGUGGUUUUUAUAACUUGUCUAAUGUGGCAAAAUAGCUAUGUGUUCAAUUAAUUUAUAUUUUAUUCAUUCUUUUUUUUCAAUUCUGGAUAUGUAACCUCAAGUACUUUAUCUGUUCUUUUAAGGUAUUUUAUAAAAAUG